CGCUUGCGCGGGGCUAUGCCACUAGUAUUAAGUAAGAUACAGUUUCAUUUUCUGUGGUUCAUAUGUCACCUUCUUCCUUCUCCAUCGCAUCCACCCUCUCACCGGCUUCUCUUGCCGGUACUCUCGUCUCUAACUCUAAGACUGUUCUUGGUAGUGGUAGUAUAUAUUGGAAGAACAAUGAUGCAACCAAGACGAAUAGGAAUCUCAAGUACAACAGAGUUUGUUCUGUUUCUGGAGAGUUUAACACACCUCUGGAGAAGAAUGUACCUUUUCCUCGUGAUUACUUCGAGCUCAUUAACCAAGCUAAACAAGCAGUUGAAUUGGCUUUGAAGGAUGAGAAACAGUUAAUGGAAAUUGAGUUCCCAACAUCUGGUCUUGCUUCUGUUCCAGGUGAUGGUGAAGGAGCGACAGAGAUGACAGAAAGUAUGAAUAUGAUUCACCAGUUUUGUGACCGCCUCAUAUCUCCUGAAAAGGCUCGCACCACAAGAAUCUUCUUCCCUGAGGCAAACGAAGUCAAAUUUGCUCAGAAGACCAUCUUUGAAGGAACUUACUUUAAGCUGGACUAUCUGACAAAGCCUUCUCUCUUUGAAGACUUUGGUUUCUUUGAGAGAGUAAAGAUGGCAGAUCGAGUGAAGCCUGAAGACCAACUCUUCCUCGUAGCAUACCCUUAUUUUAAUGUCAACGAGAUGCUUGUAGUGGAAGAGCUAUACAAGGAAGCUGUUGUGAACACUGACCGAAAACUAAUCAUCUUCAACGGAGAACUUGACCGCAUACGUUCAGGCUACUAUCCAAAGUUCUUUUACCCAAAACUUGGUGCACUGACCGAGACGCUUCUUCCGAAGAUGGAGACAGUUUACUACAUCCACAACUUCAAGGGUCAGAAAGGAGGUGUCCUUUUCAGAUGCUAUCCAGGUCCGUGGCAAGUCCUGAGGAGAACAAGAAACAGUUGCAUCUGUGUUCACCAGCAAGAGACCAUGCCUUCUCUCAAAGAAGUUGCACUAAACAUUCUUGCCUCCGCUUGAGUUUCUUUCUUGUACUUGAACCUCCUUCACUUGUAAAAAUCCUGCAUACUCUGUAUAUUAAAAUUCGAUUAAUUUAGUUUUUUAUGGGCCCUUACGAUCA